AUGGGUGACUACAACCGCAGAGGUGGAGGCGGCCGUAAGCGCUACAGAGACGACAACGACGACGAUGAUUAUUACCGCCGCCAACGUCCCUCAGCUGCCGAGGCUUCCCUCGGUAAGAUUCGACGAGAAUUGGUCGGCUUGGCGGAUCCACAUCCUAAUGCGCGACUUGAUGAGGAUAUCUCCUAUAUUGCCAAGGUGAUUGCGGGUGAAUUGGACCAGGUGGAGUUCAGGACGGGUUUCUUGGAGGUGCUGAAGGGGUGUAUCCUGGAGUUGCCGUUCAAGAUUCCGCACUUUGCCAGCGUGGUUGUGGUUGCAAAUGCGAGAUAUUCGGUUGUUGGACAGACCGUGUUGGAGUACAUUUUGCCCGCGUUGCAGAAGUCUAUCGAUUCUGGGGAGUGGAGCAAGGUGAAGCUCUUGUUGCGAUUCCUGGCACAGUGUGGACAAAUGAUCGAUGGACGAGGGAUUACCGAGGUUUUGGAGAACAUGGCGGCGCUGGUUGAAAAGGGCCCUCGCUCGACCUACUUUGAUGAGUUGGCCUCAAUCAUCCUUCUCACUAUCCCGUACGCCGCGUCGGCCUUGAACUUCACCGGUGAGCAACAUCCCGAAGUUCAGUCUAUCCUCGACAAACUCACGCCUUACUUCAACUCCCGCUCCGUCGAUUUCUCUCUGAACUGUCAUUACCUCGUCGACGAGGCUCCCUACACCCAGACCGAAUCCCUCGUCCUCCUUUGGCAACAGAUCACUGAGCAGCAGAAGACUGGAUGGAACUUGGCCUACCUUCCAAAUCCCCAAAGCCGAUUCAUUUCUGAGCUUGAGGCCGGAAAGAAGCACCCGCUCGGCGAGAUCAACUUCCCCGAGGCAUCUGAGAAGGCGACCUACAUUCCUGAACCCCACCUUCAGAUCUUCAUUUCCCAGGAGAUCCAGUCCGUCCCUUCAUCUACUGACCUGGCCUCUUGCCUUCUUCGUGAUGUUGUCUAUGAUGGCGUUGACGCCCUGGAGUUUAACCGUAAAGAAGGAUCCCGGUAUCUCGCUGACAUGGACGCGUACUUUCCCUUCGGCGCAUUCGCUCCCCGUGCGAUUCCAUACGACAAAUUGGGCGAGGACCCAAGUCCAUCGAAGUGGAAGUGCGAAGAUAUUGUCGUUGAGGGAAUUUUGGCGAGGAUGCUCAGGUUGCCUUCGCCCCCCUGUCGGGCGGUGUACUAUCAGGCCCUCCUGAUCGAGAUGUGCAAGUACGCACCUGGCGCCAUUGCUCCCGUCAUGGGUCGUGCUGUCCGAUUCUUGUACGCGGAUCUGGAUAAGUUUGAUGCGGAGGUGGUCUAUCGGUUCUACGAUUGGUUGAGUGUUCACUUUUCUAACUUCCAGUUCAUGUGGCGAUGGGAUGACUGGGCUGGUGACUUGGGCUUGGACGACUUGCACCCCAAGAAGGUCUUCGUGAAGGAGUUGUUGGAGAAAGAGAUUAGGCUGUCGUAUCAUGCUAGGAUCAAGGGUACCCUUCCUGAGGCAUUCGUGGAGGUUAUUGGAGCGGAGCAGGCGACGCCUGAGUUCAAGUAUGCGGAUAAUGAGGAUGUCAAAGUUUUGUUGGAGAUGAUUCGGACGAAGAAGCCUGCGGACGAGAUUGAGACGCAGUUGAAGAAGGUUGAGGACAAGGCUGAGGGUACGGAGCAGGAGAAGGCAAGGAAGGCACAACACGUGUUGGUGCAGUGUGUUCUUCAGCUCGGUGAGAAAUCUUUCUCGCACGCUCUCAAUACUUUCGAGAGGUCUUUGCCUGUUCUUUUGGCGCGUUGUGCGUCGAGUACUGAGGCGAGAAGGUUCACGGUUGGCUGCGUGAUGGAGUACUGGGCUCCUCAACCUUCCAUCGGAGCUACUCUCUUGGACAAGUUGUUGAACUACACUGUGCUUAACCCGUUGGCUGUCGUAGAGUGGUUCUUCACCGAAGGAGACGUGGAGUUGGCGUGCAGAAGUCAUGCGUGGGAGGCGUUGGAAACCACCCUUGACAAGGUCAACAACCGCGUUAUUCAAGUCCGUGAACGUGCUGAGCAGGCGCGUGCUGCUGGCUUGUCUGAGGAGGAUGAGUCCAAGAUGCAGGCGACACUCGACAACGUACAUGCUGAGCAGGCUGACGUCUGGCGUACAAUUUUCAGGUCGUACACUUCGUUCGUGGAGAGGGCUGGCAGAGCGGAGGACGGGGCCAGUGAGGAGCGGGUACAGUGGAGAGUUAAGUGGGCGAAGGGCUGGUAUAAGGCUGUGGUGAGAAGGUACUUUGAGGCGGAGAAAGAGUUGAAGGGUGUUUUGGAUUCCGUGGUGCAGGAGGCUGGGGAGGAAGCCAAGGACUUGUAUGAAAAGGCCAUCUCUUUGUGA